AUGUCCUUAGCGGAGGCAAUCCGCCUUUGGAAUGAAGGGGUGCUGGCUGCAGACAAGAAGGACUGGCACGGAGCCUUGGAAGCCUUCACCGGAGUUCAGGACCCCCAUUCCCGGAUCUCCUUUAACAUUGGCUGCAUCUACAUGAUCCUGGAAAAACUGCAGGAGGCAGAAAAGGCCUUUACCAGGAGCUUAAAGAGAGACCAGCAUUUAGCAGUGGCUUAUUUCCAACGAGGAAUAGUCUUUUAUAAGAUGGAGAAAUAUGACUCAGCUCUUAAAGACUUAAAAGAAGCACUGACUGAGCUCAGAGGGAACCAGCUGAUAGAUUACAAGAUCCUGGGGCUUCAGUUCAAGUUGUUUGCCUGUGAGGUGCUAUAUAACAUUGCUUUCAUCCAUGCCAAGAAAGAGGAAUGGAAGAAAGCUGAGGAGCACUUGGCACUGGCCAUGAGCAUGAAGACAGAAGCUAGACACUCCAAAAUCGACAAAGCCAUGGAAGCUGUCUGGAAACAGAAACUAUAUGAGCCAGUGGUGAUUCCUGUGGGGAAACUGUUCAGACCUAAUGAGAAGCAGGUGGCCCAGCUGGCCAAGAAGGAUUACUUGGGCAAGGCUACGGUUGUAGCAUCUGUGGUUGAUCAAGACAGUUUCUCAGGAUUUGCCCCUCUGCAACCCCAGGCAGCUGAACCUCCUCCAAGACCUAAAACACCAGAAAUCUUCAAGGCCCUGGAAGGAGAGGCACACCGAGUAUUAUUUGAGUUCACACCUGAGACAUCGGAGGAACUCCAAGUCUUGCCAGGAAACAUCGUCUUUGUCCUGAAGAAAGGAAAUGACAACUGGGCCACAGUCAUGUUUAAUGGGAAGAAGGGACUCGUCCCCUGCAACUACUUGGAACCUGUCGAACUCCGGAUCAAUUCUCAACUUCAAAACCAGGAGGGAGCCUCUCCAGAUUCUGACAUCCCAGCACCACCCAAUUCCAGAGCUCCUCUUAAGCCCCAAUUGCUCCCAGGCAAGAAGCAAGCUGAAGAAGGGCAAGCGCAGGACCUCGCCCUCAGCGUCCCGACGCCCUACACCCUCAAAGUGCACUACAAGUACACGGUGGCCAUGGAGACGCAUCCUGGGCUCUCCUACGCCCAGGUCUUGGACAUGGUGUGCAAAAAGCUGGAGCUUCUCCCGGCGCACACCAAGCUGAGCCACCGGCCAGAGGACAACGAAGGCCUCGUGACCCUUUCAGAGGAAAACCUGAAGACUGCGUGGAGCCGAGUGAAGAAUUACUGCCUGACCCUGUGGUGUGAGAGCACAGUGGGGGAUCAAGGCUUUCCAGAUGUACCAGAGGAAAAAGAAACAUCAAAUGACAAUAUCCAUGUGACAGCACCUCAACAGAAAGAAGGAAGCCAAGUACUGGCACUAUUCAAUUAUGAGGCUUCACAACCAGAGGACCUAGAAUUUCUAGCUGGAGAUGUGAUCCUGGUGCUAUCAAAAGUGAAUGAUGACUGGCUUGAAGGAGAAUGUAAUGGGAAAGUGGGCAUUUUCCCAAAAGCUUUUGUUGAAGGAUGUGCAGCUACAGGCCCAGAAGGCCAGGCCAUGAAAGCCUAAGAAGUUUCAGGGUAGGCAAAGAAGUUGGAAAAACAGACAGAAGUUCUGAGCAUUUCAAAGAUGCACAAGUCGGGUGUCCUGAGAAACAAUACCAGCUGAAGAAUGUUAACUUGCUUUUCUGUUAAGCUUUAUCUGAUAUUUUUAAACUCCAUUAAAAAUCCUGUUACUUAA